AUGAGAGUCCCCAAAGGUGCCCCAUCAGCUGGAUUAUUGUAUUGGCAGCAGAAGUUUCCGUUUCUGAAACAGUUCAAAACACCUCCUUUGGGCACGUUGGCCGUUGUCGGCUGUGUAUCCUUCACCGUUCUCGGGAUAGGUGUCAUGAUCCUUCAACCAUACAUUUACAACGACUACUACAAGGAAGUACAGGCCCAGAAACGAGCUUUAAUCACAGCGAGCCGAGAAGAGUUGGCACAAGGAAUGAAACCGUGGUCAGAUCCCUUCAAACCUGCUAAAUAAUACUCUUUAUCAUUGGUUAUCUCUUUUACAGACAUGAUUGUUAGAGUUUGAAGAUUUCUCGUGAUUGUUACCGUUUACAUUGUAUUUUUGUAUUUAUUAUAGGAAUAAACUUUUAGUGAGGUGAGUUCAGACGAGGAGGUUAUCGAACAGAAUCAGGAACAAGAAGAUGCCGAAGAGACAAAAACCCAAAAGGGAGCAGGAUAA